AGUGAAUCCUGGGUCUCGGGGUAAGGGUGGGGGAGUUGGGGGAGUUGGGGGGAAUGGGAAGAGGGGGUUUGGUGCUGCGAGUACGCAGGGUUCGUUGGCGGGGUCACAGCAGCAGCAGCAGCAGCAGCAGCAGUCUAUGCGGUCCUUGAAUGAUUUGCUGGGGAUAAAGAAGACAACGCCGGCUUUGGGGGGAACGGGCUCGGGGACUUCGGGGUUAGCUGCGACGCGAGUUAUGCAGAGUCUGGAUCGCGGGGGCGGAGAGCUGUCGGCUGCGCGUGCUGCGAAACGGCAGAGGGUUGACGGUUUGGGUUUGGGUUCGGGUGCUGUGGAAGGAGGAUUGUUCGCGCAGCAGCAGGUCGCCUCUCGUCGUGUACUGGCUCAGCCGGUCCAGCCUCGACCGCGGCCGGCGGUCGUUGACCUGACGGGUUCGUCGACUGCGCUGGUGACGAAUCCAGCUGCUACCGCUACCGCUACAUCCACAAGGCUGCAGAGCCACGAUCUUGGACGACAAAGAGCCGACUCGAGGACAAGUGUACAAGCUGCGACCACGAAGAGCAUGUCUCGCGAAGAGGGGAGUACUAUUCCUCCUCGACAAGCAUCGCGCAAAGAAGGCAGCAAUCCUCCACAGCUACCGUCGUCACGCAAAGAGAGCAGUUGCCCUCUACCACCACCACAAGCAACCCGCAAUGAGAUCAGCAAUCCUCCACAACUACCGUCGUUACGCAAAGAGAGCAACGCAGCGCCAGAAGAGCCACCCGUCCUUCUCCGACUCUCGACCAGCAAACCCCGCAAGAAACUCAUGUACUCGGCCCUACUCCCCGGUGGUGGUGGAAAAGUCGCCAAACCAGCUUCAUCCGCACCAGCACCAGCACCAGCACCAGCACCAGCAUCAGAACCCCCCAAAAACAACAAAAACCCUCCGUCCCCCGCACAACCACCCACGACCACCACCGCCACUCCACCGAACCCCCACGAUUUCACUCCCUCGACCUCAACGCAAACCAUCCUCAACGACCUAAUCACCGCACCACCACGCGUCCCACCCAACCCAAGAAACCACACUCCCACAACCACAAACCCAAACCCAAACCCAAACCCUCUCAGCCCCAAGCCCAACCCAAGAUCGAACAUCCCAACGCACACCAGCCUCCGCAAAUCAUACUCCGACCCCACCGCCCUAACCACCACCACCGUCCACAGAUCCAACCAUACAACCAUCCCAGACCCCGCCGGCGACGACCCCUUCGACCAAGGGCCCUGGACCCGCGAGGCCCUGGAUCUCUUUGAUUUCUGGCCGGCGGGGCGGGCGAAGCCUGUUUAGUUUAAACCCCCCCCAUCCAUCUCUUGACGUUGUGUUGGGGGUUGAUGGGAUGGGGUGGGAUGAGAUGAGAUGGGGGCUGGCUAGGUAAUAGAAGCGGAACUGUACGGUUAUAUAUGUAUGGUGCCCUGUCCUGUUCUCUGCAGGAAGGGAGUAGAUGGAUAUAGUUGGUGGAUGAGACUCUCUGCCAGGAUGUUUACUUUAUGUUUUUAUUUUCAUUGUGUCUUUCUGUGGAAUGACGACCUAUGAUACCCUUUCUG